AUGGCGGCUCCCUGUGAGGUGUCGGCGCCGGUCCCGGGCCGCCGCGGCGUCGCUGCCUUCCCGCCCGUGGCUCUGUCCCCCGAAGCGGCCCCCUUCACCCCGCUGGGGGACGGCCCGGAGCUGCACGGCCCAGAGCUGCACGGCUCGGAGCUGGACGCCGCGUCCCACGCAGAGCAGCAGUUCUCCCGCUGCGCCCGCAGGCUGGCCGGGCUGCGGGCUGAGUCCUGCCAGCUGAGGGAGGAGGUGAACCAGCUGUUCGACCAGCUGCUGGCAGAGAACUACAACAAGACCUACGACAACUGCAGCAACAUCCGGCCAGAGGAUGUGUGUAUCCUGCUGAAGCAUGCCACCUCUCUGGUUCCUCUCACUCAAGAACAUUUAGUCAUCAAAUUCUGCCAGCUAGUGCAUCAUCUCCUCAACCAACUAAAGGUAAUAAUGGACGAGCAGACGCUGCAUGUGCUGGUGAACUAUACUGCCACGGCGCUGAAACAGUGCAGUACCUGGACGCACACGGACGUGCUCCUGGCCCUCUCCACGGUGGUGUACGGGAACGGACCUCAGUGUCACCAGCUUGUCGGCGACGUAUUGGGUGAAGAGGGAGUCGUCCUGCAGUACAGUUCUCCUUCUCAGCCAAAUAUGGAGUUGCGCCGUGUUGCUCUCACCUGCAUGGCCAACAUCUGUCUCAGAAUUCCUGGUCAGCCGCCGUUGGAUGAUCAAUACAGAAGCGUUUGUUUCACAGUCUUCCUGAAAACACUGCAGUCACCCAGGCCUCCCAACACAGACGAGCUCUUUUACUGCUUGGUGGUCCAAGCAGCACUGAAGGGGCUUCAGCAUUGUUUCUCAGCUGGGAAGUGGAAGUUCGGAAGUGGAGAGGAGCUUGGAUCUGUGCUUGCUGCACUUAAGAGGUUCAUGUUCCAGGGAGCUCCAGGGAUGACUGCUGAGUGGCCAACGGUGCUUUACCCAACACCUCUUCCACAGUAUGAAGGUGUUCCUGCACCAAAACCUGCUGAACCUCCAAAAUCUUCUGAACCACCAAAAGAUGCAGCUGUUGCAGGAAAAAAUUCAGGAAAUAAAAAAAGGAAAUCCAAAGGAAAGGGUAAGAAGACAAAAACUGAGGGGAACAAAGUAGAUGAUGGAGAAGAAGAAGCGCCUGCAUCUCAGAGAGGAGGAGAAGGAGGCAAAGAGGAGGCGGAUACCUUGCCCAAAACUACAGCUUCAUUUCUUUACCCAUCCUGGAGGCUGAACAGCUCUGACUCAGAGUAUUCUGACCCAGAAGGAAACGCACAGAGUAAAUUAAGAUUAAACCACGCCCGUGUUCGUCAGGGGGCUCUGCACUGUAUGCUGGCUGCAGUAAAAGCUGUAGAGAAGAGGGCUUUGUACGGUUAUUGGUCCUCCUUCAUCCCCGACUUCCCCACCGGAGGAGCGCCGCCUCUUACUCUUCUCACAAUUAUACUGAAGGACCCCUCCCCAAAGGUGCGGCUGUGUGCUCUGCCGGUGUUGUCGGCCAUACUGGACGGCUCCCGCCAGUUCCUGGCUGUUGCUGAAGACACGGCGUCGCCCCGAACCUCUUACACGCCCUUCUCCUUUACGCUGGCGACGGCUGUGCGGGAGCUGCACCGCGGCCUCAGUCUGGCUCUGCUGGCUGAGACGUCGCCUCACACGCUCACGCAGGUCGUAAAGUGCCUGGCCUUCCUGGUGUCCAACGCUCCCUACCACCGGCUCAGACCGGGUCUGCUCAGCCAGCUCUGGAAGCACAUUCGUCCUUACGUGCGCCACAGAGAUGUGAACGUACGCGUGUCGAUCCUGACCCUGUACGGAUCUCUGGUCACAACCCAGGCUCCCCUUCCAGAGGUGCAGCUUCUGCUCAAGCAGCCGGACGACGCCGGCAGCGGAGGCAACUCCGGCUCGUUCACACCACAGGACUCGUCGUCUCUCAGCUGGAGGCACAGAAACGGCGCGGCGUCGCCUGCCCGUAAACCCGCCUCCAAGCAGAGCUCCUGCUCCCACUCGCCCCACCGCCCUCACACGCCGGUGGAGGAGGCGCGAGCGCCGCCCUGGCUGCUGCAGCUGUGUGUGUCGCUGGUGACGCAGCCCAGAGAGGAGCACUCGGACGGAGAGGGAGCCGGAGGCGGAGCUGCUCUAGAACCUCCUCCUGUCCGUUUAGAAGCUCUACAGGUCCUGUCCCAUCUGGUGCGUGGCUACUUCUCUCUAACUCAAACAAGUCUAUGUGAGAUUGGGCAAAUGUGCGCUCGCUGCCUCCGUGAGGCCGACUCCUCCAUACAGCUGCAUGCAGCAAAGCUCCUGGAGGAGUUUGGCACAGGAACAAUCUUGCAGUACAGAACUGAAAACAACAUUCCCGAGAGCUCAAGGGUUCCCAUAAGCCAAGUGGUGCAGUUUUGGACGGAGGUGUUGAGCGGGCCGCUGAACGGAGCGCUGCAGAACGAGCUCCAUCCCACGCUGCAGGCGAGUGCCUGUGACGCGCUCGCCUCCAUCCUGCCUCAGGCCUUUGCCCAGCUGCCCGACAAGACUCAGCUGAUGUGCGUCACCGUGCUGCUGGGGCUGACUUACACCGAGAGCUACGUGGUGAAGACGGCGGCUGUCAGAGCUUUGGGAGUCUACAUAUUGUUCCCGUGUUUGAGAGAGGAUGUAAUGUUUGUAGCAGAUACUGCUAACAUUAUCCUCGCUGCCCUCGAUGAUCGAUCCACCAACGUCCGAGCCAAGGCGGCCUGGUCCCUGGGGAACCUCACGGACACCCUCAUCAUCAACAUGCAAAGUGUGGGUGUGGAUUUCCAAGAAGAAUUUUCCGACAUGCUUCUGCUCAAAAUGUUGCAGGCAGCCACCCGAGCUUCAGCUGACAAAGACAGGGUGAAGUCGAAUGCUGUGCGAGCUCUCGGAAACCUGCUUCAUUUCCUGCGCCAGACUCAGAUGACCCGGUCUGUGUUCCAGCAACCUCUGGAGGAUGCAGUCCGUGCUCUGGUGAAAACGGUGCAAUCAGAAGCCACCAUGAAGGUCAGGUGGAACGCCUGUUACGCUCUGGGGAAUGCCUUCAGAAAUCCUGCCCUGCCACUCGAGUCAGCCACGUGGUCCCGCGAUGCUUUCUCUUCCCUCUGCCACGUUAUCACCUCCUGCAAGAACUUCAAAGUCCGAAUCAAGUCGGCCGCUGCCUUGGCGGUCCCUGCCCGCCGCGGUUGCUACGGCGACACGGAGCAGUUCGGCUGCGUGUGGCGCUCUCUGGCCACGGCGCUGGAGAACAGCGAGGACACCAACGACUUCUUGGAGUUCCGCUACAGCGCCAGCCUGCGGCACACGCUGGUGCAGGCGCUCCUGCACAUGCUCAGUCUGAGCCGCCCGGAGGACCUGCCCACCCUCGGGGCGUCGCUGGCCGGAGAGCAGGGCAGAGACAUCAAAGUGCAUGUGGUCAAAUAUCUGAGAGAGGAGGAGGAGGGAGGGGAGGAGGCGGACCAGGACCGGGAGAGGGAGAGGGACGGCUGCCCCCCUCAGCAGAAGCUUGGAGGUCUGCAGCAGACCUGCAUCCGCCUGAAGGAGCUGCAGGCUGAAGGGGAGGGAAGGGAGCAGGAAGAGGGAAAGGCCAUAGUGAUUAAUUUCCUGGAGGAUUUGUUAAAGACGUGUGAAGAGUCUUGAAGAUGUUGCCUUCUUCAGAUAAACUUGUGCCAUUAAACACUAUUAAGCCAAUGUGAGCCGUUCAGGCCGAAACUAGACAGUUUUCUAUUCUCACCUCCAGUGCUUGAGGAUUUCUGGCCUCAUGUUUUUCUAACCACCAAGCGGGUUUAAUAGCACGAGAGGCAGUGUCGAGGUAGGGCAGAGGGGUUUAUUAUUUCAAUAUAGUUUUGCUUUGGUUAAAACUGUGAACAUUUGUCACAGAUACCAGGGAUUCACAGUUAUUCAGAUCUUCUUCUUUCAAUGGUUUAUUUGCUCAUUCCCUUUGUGCUGCUUAUGCUUCGUGCUGAGCAGAGCUGCUAUUCUCAGUGUACCGUAUCAAGUUUAUUUAAAAGAUUUGAUCCAGAAUUGCUCUGCUCAGGCUCUCUGAAGAGGAAAAUAAUGUUGGAGAUGAUUGCUGCUUUAAAUCAUUCUUAAAUCCUUUUAAAAGGUUUACUGUUUGGUGUUGGCUGAUUAUCACGUGACUCUGUUUUCUCACUUGUAUAUUAUUUUAGUACGUUUGAUGACUGGAGCACCGAUCCUGAUGCUGAUGCAGCUAAAGGGAAGAAGCUCUUCAGUUCCCUCCAUCACAACAUUGAGCUCUGUUUUAACUAAGUCUGUUAGAAUAUAAGGGAACUAGAAGGUUGGCCUUUGUGUUUUUGACCUUGUGAGGUCUGUCCUCCACCUUCAUUAGCUGAUUGCUCCGAGGAUGGAGGGGUAUUUAAUCCAGUCAUUUGUUGGGGGAAAAAUAAUCACAUUAUUUCAGUUUCGUGCACUUUUUGCUAGAUUCAGUUUAGCUGAGCUCAACAGCGAAUCCAGCAGAUUGUUUCAGUAAGUGAUUCAGUUCAGUUUGUUCACCUAAAAGAUUUUUUUUUCCUGUCGUUUGCAAUCCAGAUACUACAGAAAUCCCUCUUCAUUAAAGUGCCAGUGAUGGCGGGGCAGCGAUGGCUGGACAUUUAUUUACUCUGACUGAAUUAAGCCCCGGAGCAAUUAGCACAUUUAAAGCCUCGAUUUUGCACGGCUCAGUAGUGGGAAAGCAGUUUUCGAUGACAUCUUUCAUGACUGAAGAUUAUAUUUUUUCAUUCUUCUAUGUUGUUAGGGGAUGCUUUAGAAACAAUUUUCCUGUAAGGAUGUGUAUUUUUCUCAGUCUCAUAAAUGUGGAUAAGUAACAUCCAUUGACCAUAUUUGUCAUAAAACAUCAUGUGACAUGAACUGUUAAAGAUAGUGUUUCUCCGUAGUCACAUGAUAUACAUUAAUGUGGAAGGUUUUAGCCUCGUUUACCCAGGGUUAAAGGUUUUAUCCAUUUUGUUGUACCAUUAUGAAUUUUUCAGACUCAAUGAAAGAAGCCAAAAUCUUGAACUUUGUUCAGCCACAAGUUAAUGAAACCACAAUGCAAUCAGCCUCAUAUUUCCAUCAAUGAACAUCGUGGCAUCAAACUGUAUUUACACGAGUAAAUGGAAUAAAAAUCAAACUGAAACCACAAAAGUAGAGUAACAAGUUCUUCAGCUCAUGUUCUGAGUGCCUUCAACAACUUAUAUUUCACACAAAACUUAAGUCACCACCUUGAAAUGAAUAAUUCUUGCUUCAUGUUAAUAUUUUAUUCGGGCUCCAAAACGAAACGGUCGUCAUAAUUUGGAGGAUUUGAUCUUGGAAAUAUGUUUUGAUCAUUUCUGUAUUUCUGGUUUAAAAGUGCUGCCAUACUCUGCAACAAAAGCAGCUUUAUCUUAUAUAUUUUAUAUAUUAUAUAAAUGCAUAUUUAAAUCUUUAUUUUAUGCUUAUAUUUUAUCUUGUACAUUGUUGGGGUUGGAGGAGGUUGCAAAUUUGGGUCAUUUUGUCAUUUUAGUUUGAGACUUGUUAUAUUUAACCUUUGUAAUGUGUGCAGUGGAGCCCUGCAAGGGAUAAAUAAAAUAUAUUUAAUUCAAAUUCUAUUCAAUUAUGAAGAGAAUGUGCCGCAUUUGAUAUUACAUUGCAUCAAGACUAAAUUACUUCUAACAAAAUGAUCAGAGGUUUUAACAGAUGAAUUUAUGAUGAUGUGACAUGUAAUUGAAUCCUGUAGCUGGUGGCCUUGUUCUUUUACCUUUUAUAUAUGUUGUGGUAGAUAUUUUUCUAUUUCAAGAAAAAAAAUUAAAAUUGUGCAUAUCCUUAUUA